AUGGCGCAAAAAACUACCCUCCAGGAGUUCGAGGCCGUCUUCCCAAAGCUGGAAGCGGCACUUGUUGAGCAUGCCAAUACCUACAAGCUUCCGGCACAGGCUCUUGACUGGUACAAGAAGUCCCUCCAAGUCAACGCCGUCGGCGGCAAAUGCAACCGCGGCAUGUCGGUGCCGGACUCGGUGUCGAUGCUGCUCGAGCGGCCGCUAACGGAGGACGAAUACUUCCAGGCGGCGACGCUGGGGUGGAUGACGGAGCUGUUGCAGGCCUUCUUCCUGGUGUCGGACGACAUCAUGGACAGCAGCAUCACGCGGCGCGGCAAGCCGUGCUGGUACCGGCAGGAGGGCGUGGGCAUGAUUGCCAUUAACGACGCCUUCAUGCUCGAGGCGGCCAUCUACACGCUCCUCAAGAAGUUCUUCCGCAGCCACCCGCGCUACGUCGACCUGCUCGAGCUGUUCCACGAGGUGACGUACCAGACCGAGAUCGGCCAGCUGUGCGACCUGCUCACCGCGCCCGAGGACGUGGUCGACCUGGACAACUUCAGCAUGGAGAAGUACCGCUUCAUCGUGGUCUACAAGACGGCCUACUACAGCUUCUACCUGCCCGUGGCGCUGGCCCUGUACAUGCUCGACAUCGCGACCCCCGAGAACCUCAAGCAGGCCGAGGACAUCCUAAUCCCGCUGGGCGAGUACUUCCAGAUCCAGGACGACUACCUCGACAACUUCGGCCUGCCCGAGCACAUCGGCAAGAUCGGCACCGACAUCAUGGACAACAAGUGCUCCCUAGGCGAAACAAACCCGUAUUAA